CGGCCGCGGCCCGCAGUCGCGUCGCGCGCACCGUGGCCUCCGCUCCUCUCGCGCCUCCUCCCAAUCCUCUUAUCAAAACAUUCAGACGCUCGGGAUCGAUCCGCGAACGCGCUUGAUAACGUGACUGUGACUCCAGUGAUAGUGUUGUUGUGAAACAUGUGAUUGUCAAUUGGGUGCCUUGGAAUACGGGACGAAUUUUUGACAGCUGACACUUGACUAUUUUAAAGCUCGUAUAGCAGUGAGCGCGUGCGGUGCGACGCGAUGUACUCGUGAACGGUCAUCAUGCGCCUCUUCCGCGGGCCGAAGCGCAGGGAAGUGACCGGGCCGCGAGCCGCAGCGACGCCGGCGCCGUCUCCGUGCCGAGACGCCGCUGGCGCCGGCCCCCGCCCGCACGACUUCACCCUAGUCACGGCACUACCGGCUAUGGUCAUGGAGGACGACGUUAGGGAAAUGAAGAAAGUGUUCGCAACGUGGGGUCGUCGUAUGGGAAAAAAACUUGACAUGCUGAGAAAACCUGACGCAAAAGAAGCUUCACAAGAACAACCUAGUAAUGAAAGCUUUAAUGAGGAGUCCCCGAGGAGCAUAUCUGGCCAGUUCAAGAAAAAGCAGCAAUGGAAAAUGGAACGGAGCAGUUCUGAAACUACUUCCCUAAAAAGGGAUAACGACACUGAUUCCAUUAGAAGCGGAUCCCGAGAUCGAUCGCCUAGCCCAUUCAAAUCUUUCUUCCAUAGAAUGGGUUCAACGGGAAUGUUAAACUCAUCUAGGUCCCAAACACUAAAUAUCCAUAAAACAUCAGAAAACAGUUAUCCGGUGGCAAGUGGACCUACGCUUUAUCGAAGCUGUUCAACUUCACAUCUGUCUACGUAUGUGAAAGCUGAUGAUCCAUCUGAUGAUAUUGAUUUACAGAACGCUGAUAGUGAAAUUAAAAAGUCUCCUUCAAAGAAUAAUAAUAUUUUAACUGAAGAUGCGUUAGCUAAUUCAUCAAAGGCCAUUAGUUGUGAUAAUAUCCCUAAUCUUGAACAAGGUAAUGGUAUGUGUAAAAAACCAAACUUUCCGUACGCCUUUUUAAGGUCUAAAUUAUCGGUUUUACCCGAAGAAAACAGUAUGGCAUCACAACAACGAACGAGCAGCAUAAGGCAAAGUUACUCCGAAAGAAUAGAUAGAAAAUCACCAAAAUUUCGCAAAGAUAGACUAUUUCUUUCCAAUUCUCGCUCCGAGGAACGAUAUCAAAGCAACGAUAGCAUAUCGGUUCAUGAAGACAUGAUGCUUAAUGCUGCCUUAAGAAAUGAAUACUCUGAUUUCAAUAGAAGUUCUAUGCGAAGUAUCAAUGAAAUCGAUGGCACGUACCCCGCACGGCGUCUCGAAGACGUUCACCGACGUUCGUCGAUGAUAUCCCAUAGGCCACCUUUAGAUUACGAUCCAAUGCUUAUACCGAGAAACCGAAACAGUUUACCAGUAUACGACUAUGGUCCGUAUUUAGGGUCCGUGAGGGACAUAAAAACUGAACUUAUGACAUCGUCUCAAAGUAUACAUCUCGGACCAGAAAGUACUGAGAUUCUUCAGACUCAUCGACUAAGCAACUAUGUUAGUUCAAAUGAGUCUGGCUAUGACAGCGAUGGACGUCCGACAGAUGAACAUAGCAACCACUCACCGCCAGGAUACUCGAGUCAUAUAUCGCCAGGUACUGUGCGAGCGGAACCAAUUGAUGCUACUGCAGAUGUAACGCACGGUAAUUUUUCGAGACAAUUGAGCUUAAACCAUAAAAUCAACGUGAGUAGAGUACAUGUUCCUGCUAGACGGAGUUCUACACCAUGUGCUUUAUUUCCAAUAGAAAAUAGCAUGCCUUAUGAAUAUGUAAACAAUAACAGGGAACAGUUUCAUAAGUAUCCCAAUAAUCCAUUACACGUUCUAGAUUAUAAUGAUGCUAAACCACCACCGCUGCCAAAAAAGACAUUAAACAAAAAAAUACCUUUCGUUUAUAAAACUAUCACACUAGACGAACGUGUGGAAACACGAAAAAUUAAAUUACUUCAUUCCCAAGUAUUGCCAGUAGAACAUUCCUCUAAUCCCAAUCUCAGUACUCUAAUACCACCAGUGGACAAUGAAGGCCCCAGCAUUCCUGUACCAGAAACUGAUAUUUUUGGACGGGGACCAUGUACAAAGCGAUUCAGAAAGUUAAGAUUAAUAAAAUCAAGAUUAGAUGAAAGUCUCGGCGUUUAUUUAACACAACACAGAGUAGACUUCGAUAGCAGUGGAUCUAAUUUUGAGAUACGUUAUAUUGUGGUAAAACUAGAUUUUGACGGCAUAGCGCAUAGGGAUGGAAGACUGCGGAUCGGUGAUGAAAUAGUUAAUGUCAAUGGAAAAGUUUUAAGAGGUUUAUCAUCACUAAAAGAAGUGCAGCAUAUUGUUAACUCAUGUUCAUCUGAAGCAAAUUGUCAAGAAGGAGCACAAAAAUACCAAGUUGAUCUUGUUAUGGCCCAUGAUGAAAUUACUCCAGUGACAUUAAGUCGGAUAAUAAACAGACAUACUAGCGAUCAAAAUGUGAUAGCGCCUUCGACAUCUAACGUUCCGCCUGAUAUAAUUUCGGAAACCGUUCAUAAACCCACGGCUUCAAAUCAAAUAACCAUUGAAACUCAUUUUCCUAGUGAAAACCAAUUUUACAGUAAUUAUGGAAAUGGUACCAAUAGCACUACCAAUAAUUUCCAACAUAGUACACGACGACGAGAAACAGAAGUUCUAGGAAACAAUAGCCCUACAAUUCAACUAAAUCAAAAGAGUGAUGACGAAAAAUUAUUAGAGAGGGCUUAUCCGGCACCAUCAGCCACACUGCAAAAUAUUACAAAUAUCGAAAUAUCAAUGAGAUCUUCACCAACACCAAGAAACAGACAUUCAAAUAAUUAUAGACCUAUUUCUCUUCAUAAUUCAAGGCCGCCUCUUAUGGCUGAGCAGUAUUCAACAAGUAAUGAAAACACAACAAAUGAGAUAAAGGAAAAAUCACCCCAUUACAUAAAACAUGUCCCAAGAUUAUACCAAAACCGAUCAUUUGAAAGUAUUCCUGAACAACUUCUGAGAAGUAGCAACAGAAGCAGAUUUUUCAAUAGGAUUGGUUCUCAACGCUGCUCUCCAAGCCAUGGUCAUGUGUCUCGUCAGCAAGAACACGCAUUAAUGCAGAAUGAGGGUCACCAAAGUGGUAUUUAUUCGAACAAUUCUUUGCACAUCGCAGAAUUCUGGAAAGGACCUGGUCAUAAAAGUUUAGGAUUUAGUAUUGUUGGAGGGACCGAUUCUCCAAAAGGAAAAAUGGGAAUUUUCGUAAAAACUGUCUUUCCUAACGGACAAGCUGCUGAUAAGGGGACUAUCUUUGAAGGUGACGAGAUCUUGUCAGUCAAUAAUGUGCCAACCCGUGGACUGAGCCAUGCAGGGGCCAUAUCGCUUUUCAAACAAGUUAAAGAAGGAAAACUUGAACUGACGCUUUCAAGAAGAAGAGCACCUAGGUCAAGAUCCGUGGAACCUCUGGGAAAUUUCCGCUGCGACAAUCUAAAGGAGUGAAAUUUGGCAGAUGAAUUAGAACCGCGAUAAAAACAAGUUCGUAGGAAUUUUGAUUAAUUAGUGUGCAAUACUUUUCUUUAUAAUAACUAACUGGAGGCAGGUAGAAACACAAUUUUCUACAAUAACAUUCAAAUAGUAUUCAGAGGAGUGUCUUUUAUAAUAAUUGCGUUCAACGCAUAGUACCUACACAAGACGCUAAAUGUUAUAACAAUCAUUGUACUGUAAUAUUAUCAAUGACUGUUUUCAUACCGAGUUAAAUCUACUUAUGCGACGUAGUUGCUAUACUAUAAUAAUAUGUACUAUAUAGUUAUUAUGUUUAAACGAUAGUACCUAUAAUAUUUACUUAAUCUAUAAGUCUCUCGUUGUUAAACGUUAAAUAUUUCGGUUUCUACUCUCCAACGAAACACGUAUUAUAACUGCGAUGUGUAUGAUGUCCAUGUUAGCUUUUAUGUAGCUAUGCAUAGUUUAGUAAAUAGAUUUUAUAUCAUUUUAUUAUACAUAUUACGGAAUGUUGAUUGUAAAUAAUAUGUUGAAUUCAUACAGCAUUAAUGCAAAGUAUUGUUAUAGGACUAAAUAUAGUCGAAGACCUACAAUAAGACUGUAUUUAUGUUUAAUGUUUAUGAAAAACUACUAUAGAAUUUCGUAAUUUGUAUGUGUAAUUUUUUCGUUAUAUUGUUUUGUUAGGCAAGCUAGAUCUCGUUGAAACCUAACCGAUAGGUGUACACCAUGCUAGUAAGAAUGAAUAUUGAAUAUGUAGCUGUUGUGAUAGUUAAUGGUUUUUUGUGUAUCUAUGCAUAAAGCAACUAUGAUUUACGAUUCGUGGAUGUUCGUUGAUUUGCUUUGUAUCUAUCAGGAUCCUUUUGUAGGUUAAAUAAUGUAUACUAACAUGACAUGUACUCGAUAUUUCGUAUAUCUUACAUAGACUGAUCUUUUUUAAUUUGAGUAGGCACCUUAAAUACUACCAAAGUUAGACAUAAUUUCGCAACUAUAACAGACUUAUAAACUUAUCAUCCUUAACAAAUCCGUAAUAGAAUGGAUAUUAAAAACAAAACAGAAAAGUGCUAUGUAUGACUCUACGAGUUUUUAUUGUGCAAAUUACAUUUCAUUCAUAUCCUCACUCUCAUCUCAACUUGGUCUGACUCUAGUAAUUUUAACUUUUUCGCCGCCAUUGACUUGAUAUAAAGUCUGUACAUUUCGUACCCCACACGCCAAGACUCCAUAUGUUAUACGGGUUGUUUACGUGCAAUUUGUAGCUUGGCGUUGAGGACACUUUAUUACUUACUUCAUUAUCGUGGCGGCGAAAAGGUUAAUUCAUAAUUUAAAUAAGUAGUUUAGACUUAUUUACAAUAUCAGUGGUGGUAAUUGCUAUAACUGUUACAAAUUUUAGGUAUCUACUUCAAACGGUCUCUGAGAAAAACGCAUUUAACUGAUUUGCAAGACCGAAGUAAUCCCAUAAAUAUUCCGUGAACGAAGUUUUGUACGGAACACUAAAAACAACUAAGAUGAAAGUAGGCAAAUACAGGCACAAUGAAAACUAAAGACACAUAAGAACUUCAGAAUUUUGUACACUAUAUCGUCAAAAUGUUAGUCACGUCAGAUGACCAGAUUAAACGUGACAGUCCAAUUCUAAACUACCUAUGCAUGUUACCUACUACAAUAUUGAAGUUGCAAUUUAAAUAACUGCACAGUCAGUUUCUUAUUUACAAGACAAUACACAGAUAACUUGACCUGCUAAUUGAGCAUUUUUUUCGAGACGAUAUAAAAAUUACGAUACGAGACUAAACUGACGAUAGAGAUUUUUUUAAUGAAAUGUAUAUAUCAAAAAUGUAGGCCAAACUUAGUGUAAAAAUCAACCUAAUACGACGAUGCUUCCAUCCAUAUUACAACGUGCUUUUGAACGUAGGUUUAAUAAAUCUGUAACGAUUUGUUUUGUUUACAGUUUUUACACAAAACACCGAUCAGCUCCGUCCAAUUAAAUUGUUAAUAUGUCAAUUGUUCAAAUAAGUAUAUACCUAUCCUCACCCUUAUUGUAAUUCAGAUACAGUUUGAAGUUAUUAGGAGAGCUCUAGUAAAGCUGGUUAUACCUAUUAAUAGUAAAACACACCGCACUAUGCUCUUCAAGCGUAAUUGCGCAUAAGUACCUGUUUGAAGCAAAAUGUAUUAUUAUAUUGUGCAGGCCAUUGCAAAAUAGCCAGCCAAAGUGAUAUAGCUGAAACUUUAUGCCUACCCUGUGGUUUCGGUGAAUAUUUAGUGCUGGACUGUUGGUGCAUCAUAUACUCUGAACACUUCUCGAAUGUCCUCCUCCUGACGACUAUGUGUCAAAAUUUAGUAGGACGCAAGUCAUCAGGAGACUAGUGUAUUGUGUGAUAUUUUUGAUUUGAAAAUUCAUCGAGCGAACUUUAUUUAAUCGUGUAAAGAUAUAUUAAAGUUGUAAAUUAACUAAUGACUUUCCUUAAUUAUUACACUACUACAGUCUUGUUUUUCAUAUUGGCCAAUCCACUUCACAGCGUACUUACGUAAGAAUACAAUGCAAUUGUUAGGUUUACCACAGAACACAGAAUCACCACGUUGAAGGUCCAAAGGAUUAUCGACUCUAUCUCUAUCAACAAUAGAUUAAAAAGUCAAAUAAUAGGUAAAGGGCCACUCCUGGCAUCUAGGUAAAUACCGUGUACCCGAACUUACUUUUACCUCUAAGUGACUAGGUAAGUACCUGUUACCUAGUUUACUACAUACGGUCAAUAUGAGCAUGUCCAUGUUAUGAGGUAAACAAAACAAUUGCUUUGUAUUCUCAAGUACGCUGAAUUGGAUUGGCCAAAAGAAAAACGACUCACUUAAAUUUGUCUUUAUACAUAUAAAUUCAAAUUAAAAGUACUACAAAUCAGCUUGGACGAAACCGUCGGAAGGAGGACUACAGUUUAAAGGGCUAAUCAUGGAAUAAUUUCAACAUUUUUCAAACAAGAAAUAAGUGCCACGAAUUUACAAUGCACCAUUCUAAGUAAAAUCUUCGCCAAACCACGAUGGAGUAGCCAUAAAGUCAAACCAGGUAUAUUUUGCGAAACGUUGCCAAUAAAUAAAUAAGUACCUGUCAAACAAUCUAACUCAUGCAAUUGUUAUGUAAUAUUUACUACAUACCGUGUACAGUAUUGAUUUGUAAUAACUUUUCCAGUAAACAACAUUUGUAAAGAAUUUAAAUGAUUAUAUUAUAUACCUACUUAUGGCUUCAUUCCUAUCAAAAUAAAACAAUUCUAAAUAA